CACGGGCUCGGCGGCGGCCGGCGCAGGCCCCGGCGGCGGCGCGAUGUUCGUGCAGGAGGAGAAGAUCUUCGCGGGCCCGGUGCUGCGUCUGCGCGUCUGCGCGGCCGACGGCUCCGAGUGGCUGGAGGAGGCGACCGAGGACACGGCGGUGGAGGCGCUCAAGGAGCGCUGCCUCAAGCACUGUGCUCAUGGGAGUUUAGAAGACCCCAAAAAUGUAACUCAUCAUAAAUUAAUACAUGCUGCUUCAGAGAGGGUGCUGAACGAUACCAAAACAAUCCUGGAAGAAAACGUCCAAGACAAAGAUGUUCUGUUGUUGAUCAAAAAGCGUGCUCCCUCUCCACUUCCUAAGAUGGCUGAUGUCUCAGCGGAAGAAAAGAAGAAACAAGAGCAGAAGGCUCCGGACAAAGACGCCAUCCUCCGGGCGACAGCCAACCUGCCUGCCUGCAGCACAGACCGAGCUGCAGUCCAGACUACCAUGAGAGAUUUCCAGACAGAACUCCGGAAAAUCUUGGUGUCUCUCAUUGAGGUGGCACAGAAGUUGUUAGCAUUGAACCCCGACGCAGUGGAAUUGUUUAAGAAGGCUAAUGCUAUGUUGGAUGAAGAUGAGGAGGAGCGAGUGGACGAGGCUGCCCUGCGACAGCUCACGGAGAUGGGCUUCCCCGAGAGCAGAGCCUCAAAAGCCCUCAGGCUGAACCACAUGUCAGUACCUCAGGCCAUGGAGUGGUUGAUUGAGCAUGCAGAAGACCCGGCUAUCGAUACGCCUCUUCCUGGCCAGUCUUCCCCCGCAGGGGCAGAUACUGUGGCUGCUGCCCCUGAAGCUGCUGCUGGAGCUAGUGCAAUAGAGGAGGAGGCCCGGGACGAGCUCACAGAAAUCUUCAAGAAGAUUCGCAGGAAAAGGGAGUUCCGGGCUGAUGCUCGGGCUGUCAUUUCCCUGAUGGAGAUGGGCUUCGAUGAGAAGGAAGUGAUAGAUGCCCUCCGAGUGAACAAUAACCAGCAGAAUGCUGCUUGCGAGUGGCUGCUGGGGGACCGGAAGCCGUCCCCUGAGGAGCUUGACCAGGGCAUCGACCCCAACAGCCCAUUGUUCCAGGCCAUCCUGGACAAUCCUGUGGUGCAGCUGGGACUGACCAACCCCAAGACCCUGCUAGCGUUUGAAGACAUGUUGGAGAACCCACUUAACAGCACACAGUGGAUGAAUGACCCAGAGACAGGCCCAGUCAUGCUGCAGAUCUCCAGAAUCUUCCAGACGCUAAACCGCACGUAGGCGUGCCCACCCGGGCUCCUGGCUGUGCAGCCUCAGCAGCCCCCCUGGAAGGGGCAGAGGGCCAGAGGGGACCGUGUGUAGACGCCGCUUAGUACCUGCGCCUGGAUCACAGAGCCGUGGCUCUUCCUCCCUGACCCCAUGCUCACCAACUUCUGCGCCGGUGGUUUGUAAGGCCGCAUCCUGGCUUGUGUCGUGUUUACAGAAAGUAGCUGUUGCACUGGGAGGAUGGGCGACCGCUCCUUCCCAGUGCUCUGGUGGCUCUUGAAAUGCUACUUGAAUUGACCCUUAGGUGUUUGCUUGUGGAGCCUACCUGAUAUUUGAAAGAAGGCAUGUUCCAAUCCAAAGUGUUAUGUCAAGUGUGCUAAUUUAACCAGAGUGAUUCACAGAUGACUUCUUUAAUAAAUAAACCCUUUUCCUAUU